UAAAUGUAGGGGCGCUCGCGCACACGCUAGUCUGUUUUUGUUUAUCAUGCAACUUUUCCGACACGACACGAACGUAUAAUCAUUCGCGCGCUGACCGCCAAGCGUGCCACUUGCGUGUUUCGCUUCCUUUAGCUGAGUGUUAAAUAAUCUAUUGUUCUGUGAAAUGGCUCCGGUUUCCAAUACGGUUGUGGGGAUCGACGAUGACCAGCGAUUCGCCCUGAUGAAGUUCAGAAAGAGCGUCAAAGACAUCAUGAAGCCAGAGCACAAUGACCACUUUCUGCUACGGUGGCUUAGAGCUCGUCAAUGGGAUCCAGAAGCAGCGGAAAAGAUGCUUCGAGAUUCAAUGAAAUGGCGCGAGAAAUGGGAGGUGGAUACUACUCUACACUCUUGGCAGCCACCAGAGGUCUUGGAAAAACACUUCCCGAGUGGAAGCACCGGCUUCGAUAAAGAGGGAUCUCCUGUGAUAAUCGUGCCAUUCGUGGGCCUGGACGUGUGGGGGCUUCUGCACUCGAUCACGCGGACUGACGUCAUCCGCAUGGUGCUCAAACACCUGGAGAACUACCUGGCCAGCGCCAGGAAGCAGGCGCUUGCUCAUGGACCUGCAGCUUUGAAGGUCACGGUACUCUUCGACCUGGAAGGAUUCAACAUGCGACAAUAUGCGUGGAAACCAGCUGCUGAAAUGGUGUUUACGUUACUGCAAAUAUACGAAGCGAACUACCCUGAAAUACUCAAAACUUGCUUCAUAGUUAACGCACCAAAAGUAUUCGCCCUCGCUUUUUCUGUGAUCAAAAAGUUCAUGCACGAGUACACGAUAUCGAAGAUCAAGAUAUACGGCACAGACACGAAGAAGUGGCAAGCGCAGGUGCUCAGCAUAGUGGAUAAGGACCAGUUGCCGGUGCACUACGGGGGCACCAUGGUGGACGAGAAUGGGGACCCAAGGUGUAGCCUCAUCGUCAGGCCAGGUGGAAAGGUAUCCAAAAGCUACUACUCGAAGAAUUCCAGCGGAGACUCAAAGAAAGAGUACCAUCGAGUCACAAUCAAGACGGGAGACAAGCACACGGUCGACUUGCUCUGUGCUGAUCCGGAGAGUGUUUUGAAAUGGGAGUUCGGGAUAGAAAGCCACGACAUAAAGUUCGUAAUCAAGCGGCGGGACGAGGACGGCAACGUGGAGACAGUGCACGGGCCGCGGAAGGUGCACGAGGGGCCCAUAGACGUCGGCGUGCUGCCCGUCACGGGGCCCUCCACUUACUCGGUGAUAUUCGACAACAAAAACGCAUUCCUCCGAAGUAAAAAAGUAUUUUACCACGUUCUCAUCUCUGUGCCCGCCAAGGAUCUCAAUAUUAGUGAUAUGCCAGAAGACGACAAUCCAGAAGACAAACAACAAUCAGAGACCUCAAGCAGUACCGCCUUAUAAACUUUAGAUUCCAAUGAUAUUUUUAUUAGACAAAUCUUUCUUGAUUUUUAGGGUUCCGUAGUUUAAGGUAUCAACAAGUUAUUAGACAACUUUUAUUAAUUUUUAAAGGUAGCAACAAAAGUUCUUCUAAAAUAGCUGUUGACGUUUGAAAUGCGCUCGCGCCUAUACAACUUUCAAAUCUAAUCAAUCAGCAUUCAAUGAACACUAUGUGGUUACAGAAUGCAUUUAUUCGAUUAAUUAACUAUGACCAUGUUAAUUUUAUUUUUGAUAUGAAUUUAUUCACUUUUGAUAUUAGUGUUGAAUUUCUGUGAUAACUGUAAGUC